AUGGCCUCUCCAACCCCCAGCCCAGCAGCUCCUGCGGAGCAGUCCCACGGUUCUCCUAAGCCUGUAGUUAUGAGCCUUCCUAGUCGACCCUCUAAGCCGCUGGAACCGGAGCAUAUUGUUUUGCGUGGCAUCUGCAAGUUGCUGAAUCCAAAGGACCGAUCAGUCCUCUUUGUAAUAUCAUACAUCAUGAAGGUUAGAAAAGACACGGAUGAGGGCUACCUUGUUCUGUCUAGCUCGGGCAAAGAAGACAGGAUUCAUAAUGUCUUAGAGCUCUUGGCCCCGGAUACAAGGGAUGAUUGUUGCCGUGUGUGCUCUAGGGCUGAGAAGAACGGCUUCGCGUAUAUUUUGCAGUUUCCUAAUAUCCCUGAUGCUCACAAGUUCAAGAUUUACCUUGAGAGUCUUCAGCAAGCAGCCGCUCGCGAAGCUAGUAUGGAACAAAAAAAAGCCGUCCAAGGUCCCAUGGCUGCCGAAGCUGCACAGGAACCUCCCUCUUCGCCCACUACAUCACAUCCUGUCAUUGAUUCACCAUCUCUUUCAGCUACCUUAGAGACGACGGACCCGGUACGACCAGCGGUGGACACACCUCCGUUUACCGUUUCGACAUCUGCCAAACAUUCCAAUGCCAAAGGAGGAGAGGAUAGCAUGGAACUGGUAGAUUUAGAACCUCCGUCUUGCUCUAGAGCAGCGGCGAGAGAGUUCAUUAUCGAGGACGCGGCUGAGAAACUCGUCGGGCUAAUCGACAAGAUUCUACCUGAAGCUGCUGAAGCCGGCUUAAUACUCUCGGAUGACACGGUAGCCCAUAUACAAGAGGUUGCUAUUGAUGAUUGGCUUAACAGAGGGUUCCUCGCGUCGGAGACUGAUGACAUGAAAACUGAUCUUCUCGAACUUCUCUGCAUUCUGGUGCGAAUUAAGCGCAAAGCGGAGUCCCGAAGGCAGGCACGGCCUGUGAUCCAAUCUCUUCAAGGCUUUGACAUGGAGUCACGGCCAAACCGCAUCACUUAUAGUGCAUCACAACUGGAGUACCUUAACACAGCCCAGUCUCAGCAAUCUCUUCAAGGCCUCGACAGAGAGGCAAGACCAAGUCGUAUUCAGUAUAAUGCAGCAGAAUUGGAGAUGAUUAAUGCAACGCAACCCCAAGAGACCCUGAGGGGGAAAUGCACAAAAAACACAGAGUUGGAACUUGAGCGAAUUGGGGGUGCGAAAGUCAAUGCCCCGGCGGCUUUGGCCACAAACGUUAUAACGCCACGCCGAACUCCCAAAGUCACGAGCUCCCCUGCAGCUUCUGUGGCCAACUUUUCCAAGUACAAGGACUGGCUGGGCGAAAAGCCCGGUGAAGUCGUAGCUUCUCCCAAGUCUACAGGAGAGGCGGCAAGUUCAGGGCAAUCGCCACACAUGACUACUAACGGCGCUACUGCUUCACGCAAGGAACAGUCAUCUACCUCGGGACUGGGUACAUCGCGAUGGGCUCGUAAUUAA